AUGAAGAGCACAUAUAGUGGUGUUCUGUACUUUAUUGACUGUCUGGCUACUAUUCGAAGUUUUUACUUGAUAAGACUAGUUUUUACAAUUGAUGACAAUAAAUCAGAUAAGAAAAUAUUUUGUUUACAUGAUGCAACAUCAUCAUACAGCAAACUCACAAAUUUUGACAUCAAAUCUAUGAAUCCAUUUUUAUGCAGAAAUUUAAUAUAUGGAUAUAUUGGAAUAUCACAAAAUGGUGUUAUUGAUCUACGAAGCACUGAAUUUAAUAAAGACAUGGAUAAUAGUACUAGAUUUCGAAAUAAAAUGAAUUAUUUAAAAAGUAUUAAUCAGAAUAUGCAAAUUUUAGCGGGUAUCGGUGGUUGUUCUUUUCCAGAUGAAACAACAGAAAAUUUACUGUUUUCUAUUGAAACAACAACUAAAAGAAGUAAAAUGAUAAAUAAUAUUUUGAAAUUUGGUCAACAACAUCAUUUUAAUGGUUUUGCCUUACAUUUAUGCAAUCCAGAGUUUUCGAUUGAGAGCGAUAAUUUAAAUAAUUUUAGAAAAUUGUUUAGUACCUUUUUAAAAGCCUUUAAACAAAUGUUACAUGCUAAAAAUUUAAUUUUAGUUACAAUAAUUCAAAGUGAAAUUCCAACGAUUGUUUAUCAUCCAAAACAUGUAUCGAAUUUUUCCGAUUAUGUCUUGUUAACAACAUAUGAUUUCGAUAAAUUUAAAAUGAAUGAAAACAUUAAUAUUCACAACGCCCUCUAUAAAAAUCCACAAGACUUAGAUGCGAAAUCGAAUGCAGAUUAUGCUAUAAAAACGUGGAUUGCAAAAGGUGGUAAAGCUGAAAAUCUUUUGAUGGGAAUAUCACCGCACGGACGCUCUUUUAAUAUUAAAUUUCAAAAUAAAACAGAACCUGGUUCACCCAUUAAGUGGAAUGAUAAUAGUGAAAUUAAUAGUAAUAAUUUUAUACCUUACAAUCAAUUAUGUAAAAGGCUUGAUUUAUCUAAUUGGAUUAUUAAAUGGCAAGAAGAUCAAAAAGUUCCAUAUGCUUAUAAAAAUUUCAAAUGGAUUAGUUUUGAAAACAGAAGAAGUAUUGAAGUAAAAGCUGAAUAUAUUAUUAAAAAUAAUUUAGCAGGUGGUGGUUUUAUGAAUGUAGAAAACGAUGAUUUUGAAGGCACUUGCGGUAAACCAAAUUACCCUUUAAUAAGAAUAUUAAAUCAAAAAUUGAUUGGUGUUGAUAUCGAAGAUAGAUUUGAUGAAGAUAGAAAAAUUAAAAAAGAAAUUGUAAUACUAAUUAAGUUUUCAAGAAAAAAUAUAAAUGCCAUGAGUGAAUCAUCAGAAAAAAAUAUUGCUUGA